AUGGCGCACGCCACAGCCUCCUCGCCCCUGUUUCGGCGGCUGCUGCAGCAGCCCGCCGCUGCCAGGUUCUCCCUCGCGGCGGCGCCUCUCUGCGCCAGACCAGCCAAGCCGUUUUCCCUUCCGAAAGCGACUUCUUUCGCGCAUAAAUCCCGGCUCUUUAGCGCGGGCGCGCGCCCCUUCAGCAGCAGCGCCUCCUCCUCUGCACCCCGCGAAGAAGCGUACCACGCGGGCCUGAUCCACACGGAGUUCACCACGGAAAUGAACAUCAGCAAGGAAACGCCAGUCAUCCCCAUUUUCCGCGUCCUCGGCUACGACGGAACCGUCGCGGACGGAUGGACUGCUCCCAUGACCGACGAGGAAGUCCUCGACGCGUACAAAUUCAUGGUCAAACUCAGCGUCUGGGACAACAUGUUCUACAGCGUCCAGCGCCAAGGACGUAUUUCUUUUUACAUUCAGAAUCAGGGAGAAGAAGCGCUGCAGGCUGGUGUCGGUCUGGCUCUCGACAAGAAGGAUCACCUGUUCUGCCAGUAUCGCGAGCUCGGAGUUCUCCUCCUUCACGGCUUCAAUCCCGAAGACGCCCUCGAGCAGCUCUUCGCGCGCAAGGGCGACGAGAGCAAAGGCCGCCAGAUGCCCAUCUCGUACGGCAAGCACCAAGUCAACCUUCACACCAUCUGCACACCCUUGACCACUCAGGUUCCGCACGCCUCGGGAGCAGGCUACGCCUUCAAGCUCGGCGGAGAAGACCGUGUGGCCGUUGCGUUUUUCGGCGAAGGCGCGGCUAGCGAGGGUGACUUUCACGCUGCGAUGAACUUCGCCGCCACGCUGAAGAGUCAGACCCUGUUCAUUUGCCGCAACAACGGCUACGCGAUUAGCACGCCCGUGAAGGACCAAUACGCCGGUGACGGCAUCGCGAUCCGCGGCAUCUCCUACGGCAUGCAGACCAUUCGCGUCGACGGCAACGACCUCUUUGCCGCGCUGCUGGCGACGAAGAAGGCGCGCGAAAUGAUUGUUCAGAACCGCGAGCCUGUCCUCAUCGAGUUCAUGACCUAUAGAGUUGGUCAUCACAGCACCUCGGACGACAGCUUCCAGUAUCGUCCGAGCGGCGAGCUGGAGGCCUGGGGGCAGUCCGGCGUCCAUCCCAUCGCACGUGUCCGCCGCUACUUGGAUAACCACAACCUGUGGUCAGACAAGCAGGACGAGGAGCUGCGCAAGGAGGCGCGCUCGAGUCUUUUGCAGAUGAUGAAAGCCGUCGAGAAGCACAAGCGCUGGCCGGUGGUCUCAGGCGUCUUCGACGACGUGUACGAUAAGGAGCCGUGGAACCUGAAGGAGCAACGCGAGAGUCUGCAGAGCUUCAUGGAGCGCAACAAGCAGCACUACCCGCAGCUGAAGGAAUUCGAGUCCAUUUGA